UCGGCCCUAGAAUGCACCUAUUUGUGUUGUACAGCACUUGCGAUAGACAGCACUUGUCUUCUCCGAUCGAGAACGAGUGCUUUUAUCGGUGACCGUCCCCCUAUCAAAUAAUACAACUUGACUAUUUAAAAUUGUUUACAUGUUGUUUGUGUUUUCAUUGCACAAAAUAAAGUAAAAUAAAAGGAACCGUCGGAUGGACUUAAAAGGCCAUGAAACAAUUAAUGAAUAAAGGAAAAUAAAUAAAUAAUAUAUGUAAACAAAAAAGGCCUGGACUCAACUACAAAAAAACAUACAUACAAACACAAGCACCACCUGCUAUGGCUUCAGCAGCCGUCAGCGAUCAACAAAAUGCAGUUGGAGAAGGACUGAAAGCGUUAAUCCAACAUCUGCAACAGUUAUAUCCGGACCAGCCAAAUCCUCUACAAGUAACUACGCUUCUAAAGUAUUGGCUCGGAGGCCAGGAUCCAUUGGACUACAUCAGUAUGUAUAACAACAACGGCGACGCAGAUAGAAAAGUCCCGCCCCACUGGCACUACGUAAGUUUUGGACUAAGUGACCUACAUGGAGAUUCACGUGUGCAUGUGCGAGAUGCCGGCGAACAGUCUACACGCUCCGGUAUGGGCUUCGAACUCACGUUUCGGCUGCAAAAGAGCGAAACUGAGUUGCGACAGGAGUUGGAGUGCCCAGAAAAACCUGUCAGGCCUCCAACAUGGCCGGCAAAUCUGCUACAAGCCAUUGCUUUCUACUGCUUUCAAACUGGAAACGGCCUGUGCUUCGGAGACAACAUUCCUUGGCGCAAGAGCCUGGAUGGUAGCGCGAACACGCUCCUACAGAAUCUGCUAGUUGCACAAGACCCGCAGUUGGCAUGCAUCGAAACACCAUUUGGCACGGUGGACUUUUGUCAAAUUGUUGGUGUUACCGAGGAGGAGCUGGAGCAAGCUUCACGUUGGAAUGGACGAGGAGUCCUAAACUUUUUGCGGCAAGAUGUACAGACAGGCGGAGAGUGGUUAGUGACUAAUAUGCGACGUGCGCGGAGCGUUUUUGAAUUGUUCCCAGAAACACUGCUGAACCUUCAGGACGAUUUAGAGAAGCAGGGUUCUGACCUGGCAGGCGUCAAUGCUGAGUUUACAUUUAGGGAACGUCAGACGCAAGUUAAGCAAGAGAUUGUGGACUUCCAUACGCUCAACGAGCGCUAUGUCACCGACGAAAAUAAUCGCGAUUCUGUGACACUUGUGAAACGGGAAGUGACACGAUUUCCACAAUCGAUGUCUCUAAGCAGCAACUCUCUGCACAAAUCAUGUCCCUUAGACUUUCAGAUGCCGGCUCCAGACUGUAUUUCCUUGUCGAGUAUUGAGAUAACAUUAGCCCCUUAUGCGGCAAAAUAUUUGCUGUUGGCUAUUAAAGAUCGAAUACGCCAUGGAAGGCACUUUACUUUUAAAUCCCAGAAUCUAGCGAUGACAUUAGUUGCGGAAACUGUUACGGGAGCGGCUGUUAGCAAAAAUGAUCCCUACUCAAUACUCGGGUACUGGAUUCAAGUGCUGAUUCCUGACGAUUUAGUACCGCGCAUGAUGGAAGCUUUUUCCAACGCGAAUCUUGAUGGUAAUAAAGCACCGACUCAGCGGCUGGAGUUUGAAUGGCCAGACAAGAAUCUCAAACUGAUUGUAGACCAUCCCAUCCAAACGCUGCCCAUCAACUAAACAGUGCGUUAAAUAUUAAAUGUUUGAAAUUUUAUUUAAACACUAAUCUUUAUAAUCAUUAUAUAAGUUAGGAAUAAUUUUACAUAUUUUGCUUGCAAAUCAUCAAAUAUUCUACAUAUUUAAAAUAAUUUGAAUUCCACUUCGCGAACUACAAGAUUACUAAUAAACGGCCGAGUCGAAUCGCAUUUGUUUCGGCUGAAAAAAAAACUAUAUUUGGCCAAAAUUUCAGUUUCCUA